UCCCUCCCUCCGGGGCUGGGCCCGUCCUGGCUGUCUCCGAGCCUCCUCCGUCCCGCCGCCGCCGCCGCCGCCGCCGCCGAGCGUUAGCUGUCUGUGUCGUGGCCACCGCCUCCAGGCAGCCCGCAGCAAGCCGGCUUCGUGGCCCCGACGACGAGCGCAGCGCCCUCUCACCGCGAUGCUGUGCUUCCUCAGGGGAAUGGCCUUCGUCCCCUUCCUCUUGGUGACAUGGUCGUCUGCAGCCUUCAUCAUCUCCUACGUGGUCGCGGUGCUCUCGGGGCACGUCAACCCCUUCCUCCCCUACAUCAGUGACACAGGAACCACGCCUCCAGAGAGUGGUAUUUUUGGAUUCAUGAUAAACUUCUCCGCAUUUCUUGGUGCAGCUACGAUGUACACGAGAUAUAAAAUAGUGGAGAAGCAAAAUGAGACCUGCUAUUUCGGCACACCGGUCUUUAACUUGGUGUCGCUAGUUCUUGGACUGGUGGGAUGUAUUGGAAUGGGCAUUGUAGCCAAUUUUCAGGAGUUAGCUGUGCCCGUGGUCCACGACGGUGGUGCCCUUCUGGCUUUCGUCUGCGGUGUGGCUUACACACUCCUGCAAUCGAUCAUCUCCUACAAAUCCUGUCCCCAGUGGAACAGCCUCACCACGUGCCACGUCCGGAUGGCCAUCUCGGCCGUCUCCUGCGCGGCUGUCGUCCCCAUGAUUGCCUGUGCUUCCCUAAUUUCCAUAACCAAGCUGGAAUGGAAUCCGAAAGAAAAGGAUUACGUGUAUCACGUAGUGAGUGCUAUCUGUGAAUGGACCGUGGCCUUUGGUUUUAUUUUCUAUUUCCUAACAUUCAUCCAAGAUUUCCAGAGUGUUACCCUAAGGAUAUCCACAGAAAUCAGUGAUGACUUUUGAAGGAGCGAGAAUCCUGUCUCACUCAGUGAAUGUCACAGACAGUUUCUGGAAGUGGCACAGAGGAUAGACGGACUUGGAUGUCACCCUGAUCGGGACUCAUCUGUGGCACAUCCGGGACUUGAAUUUCAUUAAGAAUUUCUAGUAGUUGUUCUAUUUACAAAGGUAUGUUUUCCUAGAGAAUGUUUAGCAUCGAUGACACAUUAGCAAUAUUUUUAUGUUUUCUGAGACACUCUUUAUAUGAACAAAUUCAUAGGCAGAGAAGAUGAGGCAUUACAGAAAAUGGGAGAUUAUUUUUGUAUAGAUUCUUUAGACUUUUUAUGUAUCAAUGAUUUAUGAAAAUACACUAAGUGAAAAAAUGUUUAGUACAUUUUUUUAAAAAAGAAACCAAAUCAGGGGGACAUUCCCUUCAAAAUUUCAUUUUUUAAAAAACACAAUGAUCUGCAUACAUUUUCAUCACAAGAGCAUUUAUAUAAUCUCAUUCACAGUAGUGAUUAUAUGUCCUCAUGGUAGAGAUUUAGUUAAUAAAUUAAUACUAAAGCACUCUGAUUUUCAGUGCAUUAAACAAAAUGCUUUUACAGUUAAGGCCUCAAAACCAUUUACUAUGCACAUUAGCCAGCAGAUGUAGAAGGCCUCCGUUUGAAAAUUCAGCCUCCUCCUUUGCUUCUGCCACGGAGCUGCAAUUAAAGCUUCCGGGCUGCUGUUAA